UUUAGCCUGAAAUGGAAUUUAACCUCCUGGGAGAAUUGCUUCGAUGCCAAAAAAGUGGAGGCAAUUGCGGCGGAUCGGAUGGGCAAUUCCGGUGCUCAUCUUCUAGUACAGAUUAUCCGCCUCCUCACGAAAGAGCGCAACAUGGUGAUUUGGUGAUGAAAGUCGCAGCUGCAUCAGGAUUCGGGAUUGCAAUUGUCAUUCUUGUAGUCUAUUCCCUGAGGGAGAAACCGCUGAUAAGGAAACAUAUGUCUAUGAUGGUGGGAAAGAGAGAACAUUCUGUGGCUGAACAGAAAAUUGAGGAACUAAUCUCUUCAAGGAGAUAUGCCUACAAAGAUAUCAAGAGGAUAACCAAUUCUUUCCAAGAAAAGUUGGGUCAAGGAGGUUAUGGUUAUGUGUAUAAAGGCAAGCUUCGAGACGGUCAACUUGUGGCCGUGAAGCUUCUAAAGAAUUUGAAAGGCGGCGGGGAAGAGUUUAUCAAUGAAGUUGCAAGCAUAAGCAAGACUUCUCAUGUCAAUGUUGUCAGCCUUCUAGGCUUUUGCUUUGAAGGAAGCAAAAGAGCUUUAGUUUAUGAGUUCAUGACCAACGGGUCACUGGAAAAGUUCAUAUUCAAAAGCAAUAUUUCAGAGGCAAAUCAGCAAUUAAGUUGGGAAACAUUAUACAACAUCUCCCUAGGCAUAGCACAAGGGCUAGAGUAUCUACAUCGAGGGUGUAAUGCUAGAAUCUUGCAUUUCGAUAUAAAGCCUCACAACAUUCUUCUCGGCCAAAAUUAUUGUCCAAAGAUUUCUGACUUUGGUCUUGCCAAAAUAUGUCCUAGAGAAGAGAGUACCGUGUUGAUGUUGGGUGUGCGUGGCACCGCAGGCUACAUUGCUCCAGAAUUGGUCAUAAGAGGCAUCGGAGGGGUUUCUCAUAAAUCGGAUGCCUAUAGUUAUGGCAUGAUGGUUAUGGAAAUGGUCAGUGGGAGAAAAAACACUGAAGUCGAGGUGGACCAUACUAGCGAAAUAUAUUUUCCUCAUUGGAUUCAUCGGCGCCUUGGACUUCAGGAAGAACUUGGGUUGCAUGGUAUCACGAAUGGGGAAGACAAAGGAAUUGCGAAGAAGAUGAUCAUAAUCAGUUUGUGGUGCAUACAAAUUGAUCCGAGAGAUCGACCAGCAAUGACUCAAGUCAUGGAGAUGCUAAAAGGAAGUGUCGAGGACUUGCCAAUCCCCCCCAAGCCAACCUUGUCAUCCCCCUCGUCAAAAUUCCCCGUAGCAACUACAGACAACAGUUCGCUGCUGCAAUUUGGUGCUACUUCAACAACUGUAUGAAUUUGUCUGAGAUACUUUCCUAGAGAAUUUCCUUCCUUUGUUAACACCGCUGGUAAUUUUAUUAAGAAUGAAUGGAGUGACACAAUAGGAUUCUUCCAUUCACAAUACAUUAAUCUGAAUCGGUUUUGUAAUCCACUUGACGAUCAAAAGAGAAUGGUAAGAACUGGUCAUUGUUCGAUCGUAUUCCUAUACAUCAUUCUCUGAUCAGCCUUGAAAUUCAAUCAAGAUUAUCAUUGUCGCGAUUGGCAAGAACACUUAGGUCAGUUGUCAAUGUAUUGAACAGCCAAUUCUAGGACCACUAACAAGUUUAAGAAAUCAGAACGUACAGGAGGCCAUGGAUUCAGCCAUCAUUCUUCACUUUGCUGGUCUAUUAUGAGUCUUCCUGGGUCAAUUGCCCGUGUUUUAAAUUCUGAU